CCCGAUUUUUGUGCGAAGUCUAUUUUCUGUACUUUCUUUUGUAUCGAUUCUGAUAAAAUUAGUCAAUAGUCAUGGGUAUACUAGAGAAAAUCAGUGAAAUUGAGAAAGAGAUCGCCCGAACACAAAAGAACAAGGCGACAGAGUAUCAUCUUGGGCUGCUGAAAGCAAAAUUAGCGAAGUACCGAGCUCAACUGCUCGAACCACCCAAAGGCGCUGGAGCAAAAGGCGAAGGUUUUGAUGUAAUGAAAUCUGGAGAUGCKAGAGUUGCCUUAAUUGGUUUUCCCUCAGUUGGAAAAUCCACCUUGCUGAACAAGAUGACGAAUACACAAAGCACUAGCGCUUCGUACGAGUUCACAACACUAACAUGCAUUCCUGGUGUGAUAGACUACAAUGGCGCUAACAUUCAACUCCUUGAUUUACCUGGAAUUAUCGAGGGCGCUUCACAAGGAAAAGGYCGUGGUAGACAAGUAAUUGCCGUGGCCCGUACAGCAGAUCUUGUGAUCAUAAUGCUUGAUUCCUCCAAAGGCGAAGUCCAAAGGGGUCUCUUAGAAAAGGAGUUGGAAACUUGUGGAAUACGCUUGAACACCAAGAAACCAGAAAUUUACUUCAAGAUCAAAAAAGCAGGGGGGGUWAAGUUCAACUCCACAUGCAAGCUAACUCAUGUUGAUGAAAAAAUGGUUCAGAUGAUAUUGCACGAGUAUAAGAUAUUCCAUGCCGAGGUGUUAUUUAGAGAUGAUUAUACUUCGGACGAACUGAUUGAUGUCAUUAGUGGAAACAGGGUAUACCUCCCKUGCUUGUAUGUGUACAACAAGAUUGAUUGUAUUUCUCUAGAAGAGGUUGACCGUCUGGCUAGGCUGCCCGAUUCCAUAGUCAUUAGCUGYGAAUAUAAGCUAAAUUUGGACUACCUCCUUGAAGAAAUCUGGGAAUACCUAGCUUUAAUACGWAUUUACACCAAGAAAAGAGGAGAGCCUCCRGAUUUUGCWGGGGGUCUUAUUUUACGUCGUGGGUGUACCGUGGAACAUGUUUGUCAUAGAGUCCAUAGAACACUAGUCGAUGCCUUUAAAUAUGCCCUUGUUUGGGGUACCAGUACCAAGUAUAGCCCACAGAGGGUUGGAAUCAACCAUGUUAUGAAUGACGAUGAUGUUAUACAAAUUAUGAAGAAAUGAGCUCACUAAUUCCUGGUCAAUAAUUCAURAUAUAAAUGAGUGCCUUACAUUUAUAACUGGAUUAUACUGACUAUGAAGUAUUAUAAAUCUUACCGAAAGAUGACAAUGUUGCAUAUAUUAUGAAAAAAAGGAACUUGGCAAUGAACACCUGCCAUAUACUUGUAAUUGCAGAAAUAGACCAUGUCUAGAACAUGCAGUUAAGAAUCUAAUGAAAGAUAACAAUUUUGUACAAAUUAUGAAGAUCAGCUCAUAAAAAAUUCCUGGUCAAUAAUUCUUGGGAUGGUAUAAUUUGGUUCAAUACGGUAUAAUUCCUGGUUAAUGGUGUCUUUUCAAGAGUAUGCAGUAUUUACGGGUGAUUUGUUURUGAUACUAACUAUACUGAAUCUUUGUAUGAUUUAAUCAAGACAAUUUAUUACCCACAAAUGAGGUAUUGAAAGCCAAAAACAUAUUCCUGCUUAGCACCCCAGGUGUAAUUAUAUUAUCAUUUUGGCAUCAUUUUUUGACAUCCAUAUGAAAUCCUUUCUAAUCAGACAUGGUGCCAGUAUUCAAUGAUACAUAAAUCAGCUCAAAAAAUCCUUCCUCUUCAUGAUUUUAUUGGCCUUUUCAAGAAUAGCUUUACAUUGUGUAAUGUUAAAUAAUUUUUGAUUUUUCAAGCAGCUGAUAACAAUUUUUCUUUUCUUUGCCCCAUAAGACUAUGUACUAGUAAAUUAUGUUUAUUAUCAUAGCAAAUAGCUUGAAGUGCAGUCAUGUCAAAAAGAAAUUGAUUGAUGUCAACUAUAUCAUCAAAAUUGGAUUCUUUUUGCAAGCACUUCACUUCAUUGUAAUUGUAGUUCAACCAUAAUGUCAUAUAUUAUUUUCUUGUUUCUAUUAAAAUGCUUUUGAACAUAAAAAUAUAUUUUAAUUCUAAAACUAUCUACAUAUAUAUAUCAUUAUUCUAAACUCUCUUCUGUUUGGAACUAUAGGUUUUGUGAAAUUCAUAAUAUUCAACUUUUAAAGUUGUGCAGCAAAUGCCAAAUUAACAAGGCGUGUGCUUUCAUUUUAUUGUUAUUUGUGUAUAUUAAAUUUUGAUAGAAUGCAAAUGUUGUAUCAUUGAAAUCGUGCAAGACUAGCAGAAAAAACUAUGAAUACACCUUUUCAUUUGCUCUUAGGCCUCGACAACACGUUAAAUAUUCUUUUGAAUUUGUAGGAAUGUGAGCAAUGCACACAUUGAUAUGAAGAGUCUCAAUUAGCAAAUUCAAAAUAAUAAUUAACUUGUUAUCAAGGCCUAAGAGCAACUGAAAAGGUGUAUUGAGUUAAAACAUUGAGUGCAUGAAGCAAAAUAUAAUACUAAUACUUGUAUGAUUAGUGAAAAAGGUACAAAAUGAUUUUCAAAUGAGAAAAAAUUGUGCUUGACUUAUUAUYAGUACUUGUACAUAUCUUAUUUCAUUUCUAAAGCUACUUUUCAAUUGAGUACAGCAUAUGCAUUCUGUAUAUGUCUUGACUUUGAAAUAACUUCUCAAAAGCAAUUUCUGACAAGUCGUACCUGAGGAAAUGGAAAGAUUUUCUUUCCUUUCAUAGAUGAUCGUUCAAAAGUUUUGUCUCUCCAACCUAUGAUUGAACUUGUCAGCAAAUAAAAUAUGUGAAUCACCAA